AAAACCUUCCUAUGUGUUAUUAUAGUGCAUUACUUCAUGCGAGGACUCCAUUCAUUCCUACGCUGUAAAAGUGCACUUAUAUAGGCACGUCGGAUUAAUUUGGAUUGGUUCUUAUCAGUUGUGGUCAGCUGCUAGAGAGCUAAUCACUACCUGUUAGUUUAUGCAGAAUUGCUGUUGAUCAGCCAAAAAAAUACAACAAGAUGGCUGGCAGGACCAUGCAAGCAGCGCGAUGUCCGACUGACGAACUCUCGCUGACCAACUGUGUGGUAGCCAAUGAGAAGGACUACAAGUCAGGACAGCAUGUGAUGAUCAGGACCACGCCCACGCACAAGUACAUCUUCACUGUCAGGACGCAUCAGAGCGUGGUGCCUGGAACCCUCGCGUUCAGCUUACCCCAGAGGAAAUGGGCGGGUCUCUCUCUCAAUCAAGAUGUUGAAGUCAGCAUUUACAACUUCGACUUGUCCGAGCAAUACAUUGGAACUACGACUCUGGAAAUCGACUUCCUGCAGAAGAAGAACGUAGACAGCAACUCUUAUGACUCGGACAAGAUGGCCAUCGAGUUGAUCCAGCAUUUUAACUCGCAGGCGUUCUGCGUGGGCCAGCAGUUCGUGUUCAGCUUCUGUGAAAAGGUCUUUUUGUUGGUAAUCAAAGACAUGGAGGCGAUGGACCCCAGCAUCCUGAGGGGCGAGCAGAGCUCCAGCAAGAAAAACAAGAUCGAGGUCGGCUUGCUGCACGGUAACAGUCAGGUGGUUUUUGAGAAGGCAGAGAGCUCCUCCAUCAACCUGAUUGGUAAGGCGAGGUCUAGAGGCGCUCGACAGUCCAUCAUUAACCCCGAAUGGAACUUCGAGCGGAUGGGAAUCGGAGGCCUGGACAAGGAAUUCUCCGACAUCUUCCGCAGAGCCUUCGCCUCUCGGGUUUUCCCUCCGGACAUCGUGGAGCAGAUGGGCUGUAAGCACGUUAAAGGUAUUUUGCUGUUCGGGCCUCCUGGCUGCGGUAAGACCCUGAUGGCGCGUCAGAUCGGGAAGAUGCUGAACGCCCGAGAGCCCAAGGUGGUCAACGGCCCCGAGGUCCUCAACAAAUACGUGGGAGAGUCGGAGGCCAACAUCAGGAAACUGUUCGCUGAUGCAGAGGACGAGCAGAAGAGGCUGGGAGCCAAUAGCGGACUGCACAUCAUCAUAUUCGAUGAGAUCGAUGCCAUUUGCAAGCAGCGAGGGAGCAUGGCAGGGAGCACCGGCGUCCACGACACCGUCGUCAACCAGCUUCUGUCCAAGAUCGACGGUGUGGAGCAGCUCAACAACAUCCUGGUUAUAGGCAUGACCAAUCGACCUGACCUGAUCGACGAAGCUCUGCUGAGACCUGGAAGACUGGAGGUCAAGAUGGAGAUUGGUCUGCCGGACGAGACGGGCCGUUUGCAGAUCCUGAACAUCCACACGGGCAAAAUGAAGCAGGCCAAGCUGCUGGGGUCUGACGUGGACAUUAAGGAGCUGGCCGUCGAGACCAAGAACUACAGCGGGGCGGAGUUAGAGGGGCUCGUACGAGCAGCGCAGUCCACGGCCAUGAACCGUCACAUCAAGGCCAGUGCUCGGGUGGAGGUGGACACUGAAAAGGCCCGGUCGCUGCAGGUCACCCGGACUGACUUCUUGACGUCGCUCAAUAAUGACAUCAAACCCGCGUUCGGAACCAAUCAGGAGGAUUACUCCAGCUACAUCCUGAACGGCAUUGUGAAGUGGAGUAACGUCGUGUCGGAUGUCCUGGGAGACGGGGAACUGCUGGUGCAGCAGACCAAAAACAGCGAACGCACGCCGCUAGUGACGGUGCUGCUGGAGGGUCCGCCUCACAGCGGGAAGACCGCAUUGGCAGCUAAAAUCGCUGAGGACUCGCAGUUCCCCUUCAUCAAAAUCUGCUCUCCAGACAAGAUGAUCGGCCACUCGGAGAUCGCCAAGUGCCAGGCCAUCAAGAAGAUAUUCGAUGAUGCCUAUAAGUCCCAGCUGAGCUGCGUGGUGGUGGACGAUAUCGAGCGGCUCCUGGAUUUUGUUCCGAUCGGACCUCGUUUCUCAAACUCGGUUCUGCAGGCCCUGCUGGUGCUGCUGAAGAAGGUGCCUCCUCGUGGUCGUAAGCUGCUGAUCUUGGGCACCACCAGCCGUAAGGACGUGCUGCAGGAGAUGGGCAUGCUGGACGCCUUCAGCACAACCAUCCACAUCCCCAACAUCUCCAGAGGAGAUCACCUGAUCGAGGCCCUGGAGCUGCUGGGAGGCUUCCAGGAAGAUGAACGUGCGCAGAUUGCUAAGGAAGUGAAAAGCAAGAGAGUGUGGCUCGGCAUUAAGAAGCUUCAGAUGCUCAUUGAGAUGUCCCUGCAGAUGCCACAUGAGUACAGAGUUAAGAAGUUUUUGGCUCUGCUGACAGAAGAGGGCGCAUUGGGCUCUGAUAAGCAGGUGACCUUAUAAAGCGCCGCCGCUGGAGCACGGCCACACACCCGCCGGCUGUCACGGCGUGCCAUGCCGAGUGCUGCUGCGGAAUCGACGCCGUCACGCCGUCCCGUCCAACACAAGCUCUCCGGGUUAGCGACUCCACCGAACACUGCACACGGACACUGGGGUGUGUGUGUACACACUGCGGUGAUCAGUGCUAUAGUGGUGAAGGCUGCUAACACCCCCAUCCAAACUGGAUUUGUGUGUAUGUGUGUGUGUGUGUGUGUGUGUGUGUGUAAAUAAGGUAUGUUGAAGUUGAUUAGUGUGUGUAUAUGCUUACCCUAGGCAUUAAACAUUCCUGUUUAAUCUAAAGUGGUGCCUUAGUCAUUAUGCCAUGUGUUUGAGGUGAAAAAAAAUCCAAAUGACGAAUUACAGUUAGACUCGUAUUCUUUGUGAAAGACUUCUGGAAUUUUCCUCAUUUUAGCUCCAUGAUGGACUGUAGGCGUGUGAGAUGAAACGAUAUUAUCGUCCCUGAACGAUUGGCGAUUUUAUAUUACCUUAUAUUACCAAACCUGCCAGCCGUUAUGAUUUUUGCUACGCUUUAAACAAAAAAAUACUCUUCUUUUUGUUUUGUUUUGUUUGUUUGUUUGUUUUUUAAGCAUCAACCGUAUAAAUGUCUGCCAUUUUUUUUUUUUUUUUUUUUUGCUGUAUAAAAGUGCCAUAUUGAACAUUUAUCACUGCAGAAUCACUUAAAAAUCCACUUUAAACCUGUAAUUGGUAGAAAUAGUAGCCUUUUAAAAAAAAAAAAAAAAAAUUUAUUAUUAUUUUUUUUUGAGGUUCUGGUAGAAUCAUAAUCAAUAUCUCACAACCCUAAUACGUUGGUUUCUCUCGUACAGCGUGUCGCGUAAGUGUGGCUAAUGCGAUACGCUGUCCGACUAAUCUCCUUUUUAAAUCCUUUACAGAUUUCUCUGGCGGAUUCCUUUAUUUAUUUAUUUAUUUUUACGUCACUAAAUCCCGAGUUAUACUUUUCCAAUUAAAAAAAAAAAAAGAAGAAGAAGAAAGAAGCAGCAGCUCCUUGGUCUUCAUGACGAUGUUUGUUUAGAGAUGUUCUAAACAAAUACAUGAAUUCAAGGGGGCGAAUACUUAUGCGCGCAACAAAAGUAAUGGCGCCCUUUUAAAGACGCGAGCGUUAACGUGGUGCUGAUUUAAUGCACGCUGCGCCGUUUAGCUGUCAUUCUGGACUCGCUGUGGUCUUUUAUGGAGUUUUGCGUGCGUGACCGAGCGUAGAUCAGCUGUACUGUAUUGACGAUCUACGGCUGAUUUGGCAUUUAUCGACAUACGCGUGGGAGUAUGAAGAAAAUCGGCGUUCGUGAAGCCGCUAUGAAUCCCAUGAGACGUUUUAGUACGGUAAAAUCUUUUACACACAAUGAGUCCCUAAAGUUAGCUGUAGAAAUUCUAACGUUUCUAUUCGAGCCAUCAUGACAUCACUGAUCAUGCUUGUCUGAGAUUCCUGUUCUUAGUAUAUCUGUUGAAUUGCGUUAGCUAUCCAUCCCUCUCGGUGUGAAUUAAAUCUAAUUAACAGCUUAAAUGUUUAUUGGAAUGACUGUUUGCGCCAUCGCGCUCCACUUAAUUAUAUAUGAGUGAGAAACAGAUAAGAGUGGGGUGGUCCCCCCCCCCCCCACUCGCCCCACCCGCCCCCUACAAGUAAAUGAUUUUGCUGUAAUGAAAAUUAUUUUUAUUAUAUGGGAAAACUUUUUUUUUUUUUUAAUCAUAUUAACAUGAGGAGAAAGAUAUUAAAUAAAUGAUUGAAAUCACAGAAAAUAUGUGCGCUGUAUGUGGAGUAUCAUCUGAUUUCUUGUCCUACGGUGUCAUCGAGUUGUGCUCAGGAAUUCCCAGGAUGUUUAAAGCUUGAGUUUUUCUUUCAUGACCACCUCCCUCCCUCUCUCUCUCUCUCUCUCUCUCUCUCUCUCUCUCUCUCUCUCUCUCUCUCUCUCUGUCAUUUACGCUUGGUGUAAGGAGAUGCCACGAGCUGACGUAAGCACUGAGCACUGAAAUGACAGAUUACAUGCAGGUUGAGACGGUAGCCAAGAGGAAGAUCAUUACCCUUUAUUAGAGCUGCGUGGGAAACUGGAAACAGUUUGGGCCACCGUUCUCUUAACCACUGAUGAGCAAAUAAGUUAAACUGGGUUAACUAGGUGUCCUGUAAGGUCACGUAUAUAUAAUAUAGUUUGGUUAGUUUAGUAUGUCUAGCUUUAAAAAAAACAUAUAAGCAAUAAUAUAGCAAUUUAUCCAUAUAGUAGGAGGAAAAAAAGCAGAGUUUAGAAGCAAAAGCAUGAGACAGUAAGUCGUUCUUCAAAUAUAUAAUCUUAGUUCAGUCAUACAGAUAUAUACAUUGUAUAAUAAAUAAUAUUUAUAAAAACAUAGCAUUUCCAGACGAUAAAAUAAAAAAAAAAAAGGAGAAAAAAGAAAAGAAAGGGAAUUAAUAACUUUGUACAAAACUUUGGAUAUAUAGCGGGCUGGGAGGAACAGAAAGGAAAGGGAGUGCUGAAAUGACCAGUGAUGCUGGGUGGAGUUCCUCGUGGGAAGGGGGAGACGAUGUGUAGAUGUGGCUGUGGAUGUUCAGCGGACGAUUCCGUCUCGAGGAGGCAGCGCUAAUGUCUACCUUCUCCUUCUGUAGUUAAAUUUAAUGAAUGGGAUGCGUGUAGGACUGUUGGAACAUGUAUGGAACCCUGGGCCUGUCUGUUUGUCUGUGAAGCCAGUCAUCCCUUCAUCCCGUCGUACCCUCCCCCACGACAUCAGCCAUCGCACACACACUCGGGUCAGGACACUCGGAUCGUGUCGCCUUUGAACGUCCAAACAGCAGCUAUGCAAAGAUUUGAGAAUUUAACCUGUAAAGUCUCCCAAUUUAUCCCCCCAUUUCCAAGAUCUACAGAUGUUAGAGAAGAUUAGAUGGUUAUAUAUAAUUCCUAACAUUCAUUCCGUUAUUCAGUGUGUUCGAAAGUGCAAAUUUCACUCUAGAACUC